AUGGGUCGUCCAACGAGGGCUCAUAAAGGGUUGCCAGAAUCUGAUCAAGAUGACGAAGAAGAUAUUUCACUUUAUUCAAGACGUAAGAAACAAAGAAUUAAUUAUGCAGAAGUUGAAAAUGGAUAUGAUCAACUCUCAGAAUCUGAUGAUGAAGAUAUCAAGAAACCUGCAAGGAGAUCUAAACCUGAACCUGAACCUGAGUCUCAAGAAGAUGAAGAUAUAAUAGACUCAACUCAACCUAAAGAUGAAGAAGAUGAUGAUGAUGAUUUCACAUUAGGUGGUGGUGGUGGUAGAAGCCGCAAUUCAAGAACUUCAAAUAGAAAUAGUAGGUCUUCAAGAUCUAAAGUACGUGAUGAUGACGAUGAAUUCAAAGAAAGUGACGAAUAUAAUAGUGAAUAUAUCAGUGAUGAAGAUUUAUCAGAUACUAAAAAUGAAGAUCAAAGAAGAAUGAGAAAUUUCAUUUCAAAAGAUGAUGAUGAAACAGAUGAUGGUGAAUAUUAUGAUAAACCAAAGAGAAGAAGAAAUAAGAAACUUCAACGUGGACGCAGUCGUGGUAAUAAUCGCUCUCGUAACUCAAGACAUUCAAGACGUUUACCUAAGGAUGAAGGUGAUGAUGAUGAAUCAGAAGAUGAAGAAGAAGUUACAUUACCAAAUGAUGAUGAACCUACACUUAAUGAUGAAGAAGGUAACAAUACACUGCAGCAAGAACUGGAGGAUUUGAAGAAUGAUUCUGAUAAUCCAAGAAGAACAAGAAGAGGCCGUGCACUAGCUGAUUCUGAUAAUUCACCUGCACCAAGAUCUUUACGUGAACGUAAAACUGCAGUCAACUAUACAAUACCUCCACCAUUAACAGAUCCUGCUUUAGAAUUACAAUUUUCCAACGUUCAACCUUCAACACCAAGAAGAAGAGCAGGUGCUGCUGCUGGUCCAAUAAGGAGAUUGUUCCCAACAGGUGGUCCAUUUGGUGGUGGUGAUGUUACUUCAAUUUUUGGUAAAAACUUAACUCAUUUCAAUGCAGGUGCUGCAACUGGUAGUACUGGUGGUAAUUUAUUAGGUGGUGCGGAUUCUGAUUCUUCAGACGAUGAAAUUAUACCCGUUGGUGGUGCUUCUGCUAAAAGAAACUCAAUAAGUGCUCCAGUUGGUAUGAAAAAUAAUAAUACUAAGAAACAGAAUGCUGAAAUAGAUCCAUUAGGUGUUGACAUGAAUAUAGAUUUCACAGCUAUUGGUGGGCUAGAUAACUAUAUUAGUCAAUUGAAAGAAAUGGUUGCGUUACCAUUGUUAUAUCCAGAAGUUUACCAAAGAUUCGGUAUAACACCACCAAGAGGUGUCUUAUUCCAUGGUCCCCCAGGUACUGGUAAAACUUUAAUGGCAAGAGCAUUAGCUGCAAGUUGUUCAUCUCAAGGACGUAAUAUCACUUUCUUCAUGCGUAAAGGUGCUGAUUGUUUAUCCAAAUGGGUUGGUGAAGCUGAAAGACAAUUACGUUUAUUAUUUGAAGAAGCAAGAAAACAACAACCAAGUAUUAUCUUUUUUGAUGAAAUUGAUGGGCUGGCUCCUGUUAGAUCUUCAAAACAAGAACAAAUCCAUGCUAGUAUUGUUUCUACAAUGUUGGCAUUAAUGGAUGGUAUGGAUAAUAGAGGUCAAGUUAUUGUUAUUGGUGCUACAAAUCGACCAGAUGCUGUUGAUCCAGCUUUACGUCGUCCAGGUAGAUUUGAUCGUGAAUUUUAUUUCCCAUUGCCUGAUAUUAAAGCUAGAGAGCAAAUUUUAAAAAUUCAUACUAAAAAGUGGGAUCCUCCAUUACAACCAGAAUUCACUGAUAAAGUUGCUCAUAUGACAAAAGGAUACGGUGGUGCUGAUUUAAGAGCCUUAUGCACUGAAGCUGCUUUGAAUAGUAUACAGAGAAGAUAUCCUCAAAUUUAUUCUUCAGAUGACAAAUUAAAGAUUGAUCCUUCUACAAUUCAAGUUGCUGCUAGAGAUUUCAUGAAGGCUUUGGAUAAAAUUGUUCCAUCUUCUGCUCGUUCAACUUCAAGUGGUUCAGCUCCUUUACCGGAACAUUUAAGCUCUCUAUUGAGUCAACCUUUGGAAACUAUUACGCACAAAUUAGAUAAGAUCAUUCCAAGGGUCAAAAAACUUUCUGUAUUGGAAGAAGCACAAUUUAUUGAUCCAACUGAAAAUGAUCAUGAUGGUGGUUUUGGUAAACAUGAAUUGAUUAAGCGUUUAGAAUCAUCAAGAGUUUUCCGUCCUAGAUUGUUAAUCUCUGGGGAUGCAGGAAAUGGUCAAUCCUAUUUAGGUGCGGCUGUUUUGAACCAUUUAGAAGGUUUUAAUGUCCAAUCUCUGGAUCUAGGUGCGUUAUUUGGUGACUCAACAAGAACUCCUGAAACUGCAAUUAUUCAAAGUUUCAUUGAAGCACGCCGUCACCAACCAUCAAUUAUAUUUAUUCCAAAUGUUGAUAUUUGGUAUUAUGCUGUCUCAGACUCUUCAAAAGCUACACUUUCAGGAUUGUUAAGAUCUGUCAGUUCAAAUGAAAAAAUUUUAUUACUUGGAUUAUCAGAAACACCUUUUGAAGAACUUGACUUGGGUUUAAAGAACUUAUUUGGUCUUGCUGAAGCCAAUCACAUCAAUUUAGGUAAAUCUAAUGAAGAACAACGUGAAAAGUUCUUUGAAUCGUUAUGGAUAGCAUUAAAGAUGAAGCCAACUGAAUUUUUAGAUUCAAGAAAAAAGAGAAAACUCGAAAAAUUAGAAAAAAUAGAACCUGAAGUUAAAGAAGAAAAACUUACAUUAAAAUCAUUUGAGAAAUCAGAUAUGAAGUUAAAAAAUACAUUGAAAAUUAAGUUAUCUGGUUUAAUGGAUCUAUUCAAAAAUCGUUAUAGAAAAUUCAAAAAACCAAUAAUUGAUGAUCAUCUAUUAAUUCAUUUAUUUGAACCAGAAGACGAAAAUGCUCCAUUACGUCCAUAUUCUAAAGAUGGUGAUAUGAUUGUGGAAAAUGCUACAGGUCGUCGUUAUUUCAAUAUGGAUCUUGAUAUUGCAGAAGAGAGAUUAUGGAAUGGUUAUUAUUCUGAACCAAAACAAUUUUUGAAAGAUAUUGAAAUGAUUUAUAAAGAUUCUGUUACAUUGGGUGACCGUGAAAGAUUGAUUAAAGCAUCUGAAAUGUUUGCAAAUGCUCAAGUUGGUGUUGAAGAAAUCGCUACACCAGAGUUUGCAACUGAAUGUAAAGCUAUGCGUGCUAGAGAAGCUGAAAGACAACGUCAACAUGAAGAAGAAUUGCUCAAGAUCAAACAGAUUGAAGAGGCUCAUAAUCAACUUGUUGUUAAUGAUGAAGGUGUUAAUGGUAAGGAUUUCGCUAAUGAAGACGUUAUUGAAACUGAAGAUCCAUCAACAGCACAAACUCAAACUCAAAUUCAAACUCAGGCUCAAUUAGUUCCGGAAGGUGAUGAAUUAGUUAAUGAUGCUGUUGAUCAAUCAGUUAUUUCCGUUGGGGAUGUUACAAUUAAUGAUGCUGAUCCACAACCUGUUGAAGCUACAAUUAAUGGUAAUGGUAAUAGUAACAAAGAAAUUGAAGAAAGUGGUGCUGAUGAUGGUGAUAUUACCAUGUCUCCAAAACAUCCAUUGAAUGAUGUGGUUUUAGAAACUAAAGAGGAUUUAGUAAAUGGUGAAGUUAAGGAUGAAUCAACACCUGUUCGAGAGGAAAAAAUUGAAGAAAUAGAUGAAGCUAUAGCUGAACCCGAACCGGAAUCUGAAUCUGAACCCGAACCUGAAGAACCUGAACCACCUUUCGAACUUGAUGAUUCAAGACUAGAAAAACUUCAAAAGACCUUAAUUGAUGAAACUGAUGAAUUGACAGUUGAACAUCUAGAACAAGUCAAUGCAAGAUUAAUGGAUAUAAUAUGGGAAGACCACCAUACUUGGAAUAGAAAUGAAACAUUGAGUAAGCUUUCCAAAGAGCUAGCAAUAAUAUCUACAGAAUUGUAA